AUGUCUUGCAGUGAAACACCACAAGAAAAAGAGCAAAUAUAUGAGAACCUUAUGACAGAAGAUCAACGAUAUUUUGAAGGUAAAAGAAAUUGGUUAAGACAACAAAGCCUUGAAGAAAUUUUUGAACCUAAUGAAAUUAAUACCAUAUUAAAUGCAUUAAAUUCUGUAGAUAGAUUAUGGGAAAACAUUUAUGAAACGAAAAGAAGAUAUCAUAAAUUUAAUCAAGAAAUGAAAGAAAAUGAAGACUUUUUAUCAUCAAUAAAUAAACAAUUUGAUGAAAUGGAAAAAUCAUUUUUAUCUUCAAUAACACAAAAUACAAUAAUUGGAAAAGAAACAAAUUAA